CCGUUCCCCAUUCGUCUCAAACGAUCAAUUCUUUCACAAACUAUAAACUAAUAGUUUCUGAAAAGCCUUUAAAUUGAGAAUUAUUUAAAUAUAAAUUCUUUAACUUAAAAGUUAUUAUUAAAACUUUUAUACAUAAGAGAAAGCUAUGGAUUUGGUUCACGAGAACAGUAUAUCUGCCAUUUCGGUGAUUCAGAGCAGUUUCACCCAACAGAAGAGUCUGAUGUUUUUGUUAUCCAAUGUAUUUGAUCCGCGCUAUGCCUUCCUGUUCUACAGUCCACUGAUUUUCUCAUUGAACCGUUACGCCGGCCGUAAGCUUAUGUGGGUGGCGGUGAUGGCUGAGUGGUCCAAUCAGAUACUCAAAUGGAUAAUGCACGGCGAAAGACCCUAUUGGUGGAUACAUGAAACAAAUGUCUAUAACAAAACUGGCGAAACACGGCUCCCGGCUAUUGAACAAUACUUUAUGACCUGCGAAACUGGUCCGGGAUCGCCAUCAGGUCACGCUAUGGUAACGGCGGCUGUCUGGUACAUAUUGAUUGAGGCAUUCCUCCGACAAAAAGGCACACUAACGAAACGAUCAAUUGUUAACCGUCUUUGUUGGUCCAUUUACACCAUUGGUUUGUGCGCCGUUAGUCUGUCCCGAAUCUAUUUGGCCGCUCACUUCCCGCAUCAGUGCGCUCUGGGAAUGGUCAUUGGCGUUGCAGUGGCAAUGCUGGUCAGUCAUUUAGACACCGAUAGUGUUACCCGAAAGCAAUACAUAUGGGGCACUAUUGGUCUGUUUGCAUCAGCAAUGGCCACCUAUGCCUUACUCAAGAUGAUGGGUUUCAAUCCAAUGUGGUCGGUGGAGAGGGCACUCAAAUGGUGCGCCAAACGAGAGCACAUCCAUUUGGAUACCACACCGUUCUUCUCGAUUAUGCGCUACACCGGCUUCUUCCUGGGUAUGGGUCUGGCCUUACACUCAAAUCUAUACCGUAUGGCUACUAAAGAUGUGUUCAGCACAUCCAUGAAGAUCUCUGCCGCUGUACUGUCCGUUGGCUUUGCAAAGGCGACCGAAUUUAUUCCGAUGCCUAAACAUAACGUCACACUUUGCUAUGCUAUUGCAUUCCUCAUGAGUGCUGUACUUCCUUAUGUCUUCAUAGCAAUCAUACCAUAUAUUGUCUCAAAAUUUUCUCUCAAAAGUAAUCAAAAAACAAAAUCUAACUAAUUAUAAAUUUUUUUAUUGUAUAUAUCAAUCAUUUUUGUAAAUAAUACAUCAAUCAUUUCUUAUAUAUUUUUUGUUAACAAAUUAAAAUUUGUGAUAAAAUUA